AUGCUACAACCAACAAAUCAAUACCUGACUUAUUUAGAUGACUUGAGCACUGUUGUGUUUGCUGAGGAAAUUCAGGAAGAAGCAAAUUCUUAUUUUCAACAAAUUUAUGCUCCAAAUGGACGGAUGUCUGUUGCAGAAUUUAUUUCAAAGCUUAAAUCAUUCAAGAUCUCCGCUAAUCCUCGGGAUAGGGAGCUUCUCCUCUGUGUUAUAAAAAAUCUGUUUGACGAAUACAGAUUUUUUCGCGAAUACCCUGAGCGUGAAUUGCGAACAACGGCAGAAGUCUAUGGAGGCAUUAUAAGAGAAGAAAUUGUUGAACAAAUUCAAUUUGCUACGGCCGUUCGCCGUGUUAUUGAGUCAUUAAAUGAUGAACCUGGAAGUAUGCUUUGGACUUUUGGAAUUAUUGCUUUAAAUAGCUGUCGAGCAAUUCUUCAUAAGUAUCCAAAAUUUUGUGAAAUGGUUGUUGCUCUUGAAAGUUUUAAUCGCUUUCCUUCUGGGCUGAAAGACUAUUUGACGUUUGGAGUGAAAAGUCAACUUCCUCCAACACACAGUGGUGACAGAGGUGAUAUUACUUGGACAUCUGGGCAAUCUUUUAUUCCAACUGGAGGGAUGAUUCAAGCUUCGCCCUUUAAUAUUCCAAUGAUUGGAUCGACACAGCCUUUGUCAAUUCCACCAAAUAUUGGAGGGAUGAAGUUUUCUGCUCCAAGAGGACUUAAUGCGGGAAAUUCUAUGUUAAACGUCACCAAUGUCGACAUUCUUGUUAGUGCGACCGAGAGAGAUGGUACACAAGUCAAACAGCCUCCACAAGUUGUUUUUGAAAAAGUUGCUUUUACUUGCAACAAUCUGUGUACUAACAACCUCAUGGAAAAGACUCAAGAAAUCAACGAACUCGUAAAGGAAGGUGGUGAAGAGUUUAACAAAUGGUUUGCCCAAUAUCUGGUCAUGAAGCGUGUAACUGUCGAGCAAAACUUCCAACCUCUUUACAAUUCUUUUUUGAUGCUAAUAAACAACGAGACUUUGGAUGAAUUUAUUCGUAAAGAGACUUUUCGAAAUAUUGAUAUUCUUCUAAAAAGUGACAAACGCCAAGCUGUUUCUAAUUUUGGUGAUCGUCAAUUACUUAAAAAUCUUGGACAUUGGCUUGGAAUAAUUACUAUUGGAAGAGAUCAACCAGUUUUGGCUAGAAAUUUGGAUUUGAAGUAUUUGUUGAUUGAAGCUUUCUAUAAAGGACAACAAGAAUUACUUUAUAUUAUUCCAUUUGUGGUUAAAUGUCUGAAUGCGAGCGCUAAGAGCACGGUUUAA